AUGACGACAAAAUAUAUGGAUGUUAAUGAAUAUCCUCAAAUUAUUGAGGAACUUCGAAAUUCUUUUAAACAAAAUUUAACGAAACCAUUAAAUUAUCGUAAAAAGCAACUUGAACAAUUGUACAAUUUACUAGAUGAAAAUGAGGAUGAAAUUUGUGAUGCAUUGUACAAGGAUUUACAUAAAAAUAAAAUCGAAUCAUUAUUAGGAGAAAUUGAUAUGAUUAAACAAGAAUGUUUGGAUUCGAUUAAUCAAUUGGAAGAAUGGGCCUCUCCUGAAUAUGUUAAAGUUGCUUUGGCGCAUAAGUUAAAUAGAUGUCAUAUCAGGAAAGAUCCCGUUGCAUGGAAUUAUCCAAUUAGUUUGGUAUUAACACCAUUAGUAGGGGCGAUAGCAGCAGGAUGUACGGCAAUAAUCAAACCAUCAGAAUUACCAAUGAAUUCAGCAACCAUACUUUGCACAUUAUUGCCAAAAUAUUUGGAUCAAAGAUCAUAUAGGUGUAUAAAUGGAGGAUCAAAAGAAAUGACGGAAUUAUUAACUCAUAAAUUUAACCAUAUAUUCUUUACAGGAUCAGGUGUAGUGGGUAAAAUCAUCAUGUCGGCCGCGUCAAAACAUUUAACUCCUGUCACACUUGAGUUGGGAGGGAAAAGUCCCGCAAUUUUAGAUGAUAAUAUCAAUAUUACCGUAACAGCAAAGAGAUUGAUUUGGUCAAAAUCAUUUAAUGUUGGUCAAACUUGUAUUGCACCAGAUUAUAUCUUGUGCACAAAAAAAAUCCAAGAAGCUUUACUUUUAGAAUUUCCUAAAGUGAUAGAGUCUCAAUUCGGCAAGGAUAUACAAAAUUCUUCAGAUUAUGCUCGUAUAAUUAAUCAAAGUCAUUUUGAUCGUUUAGCUAAAUUAUUGGAUCAAACCAAAGGAAAUGUGGUUAUCGGAGGAAAAGCAGAUCGUGACAAUUUGUUUAUCGAUCCUACUAUCGUCGCCAAUGUACCCAAAGAUGAUAAAUUAAUGGAAGAUGAGAUAUUUGGCCCUAUUUUACCUAUCGUUGUCGUUGAAAGUAUCGAUGAAGCCAUUGAAUACAUUAAUGAAAGAGACAUUCCUUUAUCUUUAUAUCCUUUUAGCAAUAAUAAUGAUACCAUCAAACAUAUUUUGAAUAAUACGCGGUCCGGUGGUGUAACCGUUAACGAUUGUUUCAUUCAUUGUACCGUGCCAAAUUUACCAUUUGGAGGAACAGGUGCAUCAGGAAUAGGAGCAUAUCAUGGACGUAAAUCAUUUGAAACGUUUACACAUGAAAGGAGUGUAUUAACGUCACCAUUUUUAACCGAGAAAUUGCUAGAAGGAAGAUAUGCUCCAUAUAAAGAAUCGAAUUAUAAAUUAUUAAAUUGGUUAUUAUUUUCUAAACCAAAAUUUAUUAAUAAACGUAACGGAAAAGAAAAUGGAAGAAUCAAAAAUAUUUUUAAAGUAUUAUGCGUUAUUUUUUUCGCUUAUACUGUUAAAAAUAGAAUAUUUGUGAGGAAGAUUAAAUAA